AUGGCAGGAGUGCAAAUUGAUUUGAUUUUGCAACUUGCACCAAUUGAGAUGAUGUCUGAACAGAUUCAAGCUGCUGCUCAACCCAAGAUCCGCCAUGAAUGGUUUCAAACCGAUACCCAUGUCACUGUCUCCAUUUUUAUUAAAAAGGUCGAUCCAGCAUCCCUAAAGGUCGAAAUUACUUCCCGAAAUCUCUCUAUCCGCAUCCAGUCUCCAUCCAUAGGCACUUCUGAAACAGUGCUGGACUUUGACCUUUUACUCCCAGUCGUCUCUGCCGAAUCAUCCUAUGAGGUUCUAUCUACCAAGAUCGAAGUCAAGAUGAAAAAAGAGUCUGUCGGUGCCAAAUGGACCGCUUUGGAAGGAGAUGGAAAUAUAGAUGCAAUGGGAAGCUUGGCAUCCGUUUCCAUGACUGCUCCACCAGCCUAUCCCUCCUCUUCUAAAAAGAAGAACGAUUGGAACAAGCUGGAUAAGGCUGUCGAGGAGGACAAACCCGAGGGCGAUGCUGCGCUGAAUGCGCUAUUCCAGCAAAUUUACAGAGAUGCUAGCGAGGAUACACGACGUGCAAUGAUGAAGUCAUAUGUAGAGAGCAAUGGCACAUGUCUGUCUACCAACUGGAAAGAGGUCGGCUCCAAACCGGUUGCAGUAACUCCUCCUUCGGGUAUGGUGGCCAAAAAGUUUGAGUUUUAAUUUGGAUUAUUAUUUCGUAUAUUUUGGAAUGAAUUGAGGAGCCAAUGGCUUGAUUGUCUCUUUC